AAACUAGCUAGCUACAGAGUAUCUGAACUGAUAUUUCUAACUGACCAUGUCGCCAAAGAAAAGACAUUUUACAAGAUCUGGCAAAGCAUUAAAAAUGGAUAACAAAUUAGGGACACCAACGCGGUCGACGAAAGAAACGGCUGCACCUGACGUUACCAUCAGCAGCAUCGAGGAUGCUAACAUCGGUGAAGGGGCACAUGGACCGCAAAACCUGGAGAACACCGCCGUUAGCAAAAACAUUAAUGCCAAAGUUACCAGCGAUGAGGAUUACCCCGCAAACAAGAAGUGUCAAGGUUUUGAGAGGGAUAAAUGCAGUAUUUUACUUGAAACCAGCGAUGACACAGACUGUGAACACCAAUCUCUGAGUACAGCCAUCGAUUUGUCUCCAACAGCCUCAGUGCUGCUCCAAAAGGCGAAGAUAAAAGAAGGCUUGCUGAAAAGACAAAUCCAGCAGUUGAAAAAGGACAUGGACUUCCUUCACCAACAAUUAGCAGCCAAGAACACUGCUGUAGGGACGGAGUCUAACCAAACUACAUCGUCAUCUGCAUCUGCAUCUGCCUCCUCAUCCACCACCUCCUCUUCAUCUGUCUCCCCCUCUUCAUCUUCCUCCUCAUCUUCAUCUUCCUCCUCAUCUUCAGAGGACAAGAAAAAGAGAAAACGGCAAAAAAAGAUGCAUAACAAAAAGCACACAAAAAAGAGAUACAUCCAAAAGGACAGAAAGAAAAGAAGACAAAAGAAGAAGGUGGCAAAACGAAGGACACCACUUGGCAAAAGAGUCAGAAGCCCAAUAGAGAUCAUCAAAAGAUACAAGAGGGUGUUGAGGGCAUACAACCAUGGCAUGAAAUUGGGAGAAGCAUGUGCACAUGCUGGAGUGACGGAGCUGAUAGUGAGGUCUAAAGCGGCGAUUGCAGAGCUUGCCAUAUCUUCCCCUCAAAAAUUUGAAGAACUAAUGGCAGGAUACAACAAACUACAAAAGAUAGCUGACUUCCUCAGCAGAUGUGAAGACAUCAUUAACAAUGAUCCACAAGUAAGGGCCAAUAUAGCUAAAAAUAAAGCUGUGGGUAAGCUCAUACCCUACAAUAAGAGGGAGCAGAAGUAAUCGUUUGGGAAGCUGACUGAAGUGAUGUUGAAAUUGUAAUGUUCAAAAAGGACUGUGCAAUGUAAAGGUUUUGCAUGUUCAUUUAUUUUUUACGUAUGGUCAUUGUUCGUUUUAAAUUUUUGACCACACUGUAAAAUUAGAGGAGCACCAAUACCACUUUU